CCCACCUCCCGCAUCUUUCUCCUCAACCCCGAUCCACCUCUGCCGCCGCACCAGGCCACCCACCCACCGCACUCCACCGCCCCGCGCCGCCAUCGCCGCCGCCCUCGCGCCAACCUCCAACCGCGCCGCCGCGGAGCCGAGUCACCAACCACGCGUCCGCCGGAGCCCGGACCACCAACCGCGCUGCCACUGGAGUCCCGACCUUCAAGCGCGCCACCGCCGAGCCCAGACCACCAAUGGCGCCGCCGCCUGAGCCCCAACCUCCAACCGCAACGCCGCCUGGCCCCGAUAACAAAAGCGUGCCAUCACCACCCCCACGACCCGCGUCGCCGGCGCCCCUCCUCCGCGGCCGGCGCUCUCCCAGCCCGUGGUCGACACCCAUCCUCCUCCGCGGCCAGCGCCCUCCCUCCCUGCGACCGGCGCGCUCCUUCCCUGCGGCCGACGGACCUCCAGCUCCGUGGCCGGCGCGGUCCCUCCUCGCUGCAGCUUGCCCCUCCUCCAUGGAUGGCCUGCACCGGCUGCCUGAACUCGUUGAGGUGAUACCUUUCAUCCCCGACCUUCAAUUACAGGUCACCAACGACGCUACAAAGAGAAAGGGCCCUGUGAAGUUCAAUUUUUUUAUUUUCUGAAGUUUAGUUUGUUGAUUUUCUGAAGAAAUAGGUUGCUUCACUUGCACUCCUCUAAAUAGUCCUGUGUGGUUAUCUCCUCGACUGUGUGGUUAUCUCCUCGACUCCUAGGUUCGGCACAAACUGAGAAUUGUAGGCAUCUUCUGAGUUUAUAAUGCUUGAAAUUACAGUACGGGAUUAUUUAACAUUCUAGAAGGUCUGUAGUUGAAACCCCGCUGUGGCAGCAGCAAGCGAUCAUUAGGUCCCCUGGCCUGCUCUUAGCUUGUUGUCUUGAGAAAAGUUCAGAAACUAACUGAACUCAUGUGCUAUUUCAUCCAAACCUCAUUGUAUUCAGAAAAACGAUUUUCCAAAUCCAAACAAAUAGAAGUUCAAGUCGUUGUGUGUUGUUAGGUCAGAAAAUUCUGUGUGCACGGUCCGGCGGUGGUUGACUGCAUAGGCCACCAUGUCUGCGACUGCCAACCUCGACGGCAAGGAGCCAAGGAUAGUGAGCUGUCAACGCUGGCACAACACCCUGUUGGAAGCCGGGUCAAUUGUAGCCAACGCAAGGAGGGAUUAGUCUAGUGGUUUGUAGUGUUCAAAUCUACACAUGCGUGUUCUGGUGGAAUUGGUCAAUGUUGUUCCAUGUAGUUGUAUAGUAUCCAGAUAGAAUCGUCGAUUCCUAUUGUCUAAGUGAUUUUGAUGCCUGAAGUUCAACUGUAUAUGCAGGCGCAAAAAACACACACCAUGUAGUACAUGAAACUUGUAGUUCUUUUAUUACGUACUAUUUUUUCAUU